AUGCAAAGUAGAUUACAUAAUGCUGUAAGCUCCGCCUACUUCUGCCACUGCCACUUCCACACAAUUACUCCUCUCUCUGCUCCUCCUACUUCCUUUCUUUUCAUUGGUUUCAAUACACUCAUCACCUUGAGUUUUUCUAUCUCUUUUUCACAGAUUCUCUCUUUCUCCUUUCUUGAUGCAUUUCUCUCUCACUUGUCAAAGCCACUUCUUUUGUUAUUAAGUCUUCCACUUCUUUCUCUCCCUCCCACUUCUACUCCUGUGGUCAUUCUUCCUCUAUUUCUUUUUUUCAAGCUAACUUUCUCUGCUUCUUUACCUCCCACCACUGCUGUCUCACCUCAACCCUCUCUCUAUUUCAUUCCUCUCUUUAUAACUUCCUCUUCAUCAACACUCUCUAUCUCUUUUUCUGAAACUCUCACAAAUUUUAAUUAUCUCAUUCAUUUGUUCUUUAUAUCUCCCUCACACUUCUACUCUUUCUUGCAUUCUAUCCUACUCUUUAAACUUUCCCUCACUUUUUUUCUGCCAUGUCUUUUUCUUCUUCCUCUCAUAAUCUCUUGCUUAUAUUUUUCCUCACUUGUUCUCACACCAUUUCAUCGUUCUCUUUUUCUUCCUUAUUACAAUUCCUUUAUCUUUUCUUUCAUGAUGUUAUAUAUCUUUUUCAUUCUCUCUUCUUCACUAUAUAACUUUUUCCUUCUUUUUACCCUCCAUUUUUCUUAUUUUCUUAAUAACUCUCUAUCCUUAAUACUAUUUUUUAUUUUCUUUUAUUCUGAAACUUCCUUUUGCAUCUGUUGUCACCAUGUUCUUUUUAGCUUUUUUUCUCUCUUCAAAUAUCAUUCUUUCUUCAUUUACAAAACUUAUUUCAAUACUUCCUUCAUGUCAGCACCUUCUUUUCUUGACCAUUUUAAAUUGAUUCUUAUCUUUUCUUCACUGUUCACAUUUCUUUUUACUUUUCUUUCUUUUUCAUCCUGUUUUCCAUCUUUGGUGUUUUCCCACUUUCCUUUUCCACUUUUUUCCUCAUUUCAUUUUUUUCUAUCACUUAUGUUAUUCCUCUCUGCUUCCAUUUUAUUUCUCCAUUUCUUUGUUGUCAUUUAUUUAUUCAAUCUUUCUCCUCUUGUAUAUUUCUAUCUAUUAAUAUCUUGA